AUGGAUAGAGAUGGGACUAUGAUUAGAAAUCCCAGGGAGGCCAAAGCUGGCAUGGGAAGAAGGGAAGGCGUUGAGCCAGGCUUCAUUUACGAGGGCCCCGUCGAGCUUACAGGUAAUGCGAAGAUUUCCAGAUGCUUGUGUUCAAUUGUCCAGUAUUCAUUUCCACCGUCAUGUGUUGGAGAGGUUGGGCGCAUAGGAGCACCUAGUAGAAGAGAAAUAGGUCAUGGAAUGCUUGCCGAAAGAGCACUUGAACCUAUUUUGCCUUCCGAAGAGGAUUUCCCCUACACCAUACGUGUGGAGAGUACCAUUACUGAAAGCAAUGGUUCAUCAAGUAUGGCAUCUGUCUGUGGAGGUUGCCUAGCUUUACAGGAUGCUGGCGUUCCCGUGAAGUGCUCUAUUGCAGGGGUAGCAAUGGGUAUGGUUUUGGACACAAAAGAAUUUGGGGGAGAUGGUGCUCCACUUAUUCUCUCUGACAUUACUGGAUCUGAAGAUGCUUCUGGAGAUAUGGAUUUUAAGGUCGCUGGAGAUGAGAAUGGUAUAACUGCAUUUCAGAUGGACAUAAAGGUGGGAGGAAUUACACUACCCAUUAUGAAAGAAGCACUUCUGCAAGCAAAAGACGGGCGAAAGCAUAUUAUAGCUGAAAUGUCGAAGUGCAAUCCUCCUCCCUCUUGGAGGCUUUCCAAGUAUGCUCCACUGAUUCAUGUUAUGAAGGUCAAACCAGAAAAAAUUCACAUUAUUAUUGGCACUGGUGGAAAGAAAGUGAAAAGUAUCAUUGAGGAGACAGGGGUGGAAGCUAUCGACACACAAGAUGAUGGAACGGUGAAAAUUACUGCCAAGGACCUGUCCAGCUUAGAGAGGUCUAAAGCCAUUAUUAGCAAUCUAACAAUGGUCCCUUCUGUUGGUGAUAUCUAUAGGAACCGUGAGGUCAAAUCAAUAGCCCCUUAUGGAGCCUUUGUUGAGAUUGCACCUGGACGUGAGGGACUCUGUCAUAUUAGUGAACUAAGUACCGAUUGGCUGGCAAAGGCUGAAGAUGUUGUAAAAGUUGGGGAUCUUGUUGAUGUCAAACUUAUUGAGAUAAAUGAGAAAGGGCAACUUCGUCUAAGCCGCCGAGCUUUACUUCCCGAAGCAAGUCCAGAAAAGGCCAAUACGGAGCAUCAAACAGGUACCCAAACUGAAGAAAAUGCAUCCUCACAGACCACUGAGAAGGGUUCACCCAAAUCACGAACAUUGAAGGGCAGAUUAACUGCAGAGGACAUUGAACAACCCCAGGAGAACGUUACUGUCUCCAAGCUGACUGGCUUACCUAUGAAAAGCAGUUCUGCUGAUGAGAGCUUGCUCAAGCCAGAAAAGGCUAUCAAGAGAUUAAUUAACCCUGCAAAAGGUGGACCCUAUAUUAACAAAUCGAGGCCAAAGAAGACCAGCAGUAAAGCAGUUAACAGCAUUGCUGGCAAUGAAGGCACUAGCUUGGUGGAUGGCAAGGCUAAAGUUGGGUAGGCAGUCUUGGUUUAGUGGCCAACUGUGGGAUUAGUUCGAUGAUGAAGUGAAUGGAGAUUGAUGGAAGAUCACUCCUGUAAAAAGGACAAGGAUGGAAUCCUUCCUGCUUGCGAGACAGGACCGUUAUAUUAGCGAGGAGCAGGAAGAAUUAUUGAAAUGUAGGUUCUGUGAACUGUUGAACUUGGAACAGCAGAGGGAACCAACAGCUUGGUGCUAUAUGAAGCACAAGUACCUUGGUUGACAAAAAAAAUUCCCCAUUUUGUUCUUUCUACGAAAAAAAAAAAGAAGGGGUGGUGUUCCUGUAUGGUUAUUGCAUUCUUUGGUUCUAUUCUUUUAACCUAAUUUUUCCAAUUUUGUAGGGCGGAAAUGUUGGGAAUUUUGUGUAAUGUAUAUAUUUUAGUUCUCUUUAAAAAUCCUUAUUUAUCAAAUUGUUUGGGUUCGUAUA